AUGCAACAACUUAAUACUAAUUUAUCAUCUGCUACCACUGGUCAAGAGCAACCACAUACUCCAAAGACACCAAAAACACCAGGUUCUUUCCCUGUUGUUGCUGCCACUGGUAAAUCAAGUCAAGAUGAAGCAGUUCCAAUCUUUUGUAGACAAUACAAGAUUAUUUGUAAGAAUUCUAUCGGAAAGGUUGUUUUGAGAGAAUUCGAUUCUAUUGAAUGUGAUGGUACUGUUGUUAUUGAAGGUUUCCCAUCUGAAGAAGGAAUGACUGCUAUCAUGACUGCCAAUUAUAUUAUUAAACAAUUACAGCUUCCAUUGGUUGGUGAUAUUGUUUCUCCAUACUUUACUCCUCUUGGUGUUGUCAGAGAUGGUUUGCCUUCUCAUGGUAUUAGAAUUUAUGGUAACAAGAAGAUUGUUGUUUUCGUUUCUGAAUAUGAAAUCAAGGAUCCAGAAAUUCAAAAUGAUGUCAUUGAUGCUGUUUAUGAUUUCUGUCAAAGACACAGAUCCAAGUGUUUAAUUUCUGUUGAUGGUUUGGACAUGGACCCAACUGUUAAGAAACAACCUUCCGAUGAUAUCAAGAUUGGUAUUCAAGCUGCUGGAGGUGCUGGUGAAGAAGGUGAUGAUGAAGAAGGAGAAGAUGAAGAAGGUGAUGAAAUGAUGAGCUUUGAAGAUGAAGAUGCUCCAAAGACCACAGAAGAACUUCUUAAACUUUUGGAACAAGAAGAUUACAAGGAAAAGGUUUGGUAUGUUACCAACAAUGAACAUUAUGCCAAGAAAUUGCAAGAAAUGAACGCUACUGUCGCAAUUGAAGUUGCUUGUACAGGUAUCAGUGGUGGUAUUCUUGCUGAAGCUCCAUUUAGAGGUGUUCCAGUUUUGAGCUUGUUCGCUCCACUCAAUCGUUUCCUCAAGAUUGGUACCAGAGCUAGUAUUGCUCUCAUUCAUGCUCUUAACAAACUCAUCAGUGAAGAUCAAACAAGUAUUCUCAUUGAUACUUCUGAAUUGGAUAAGACUGCUAAGGAAUUGGAAUCUAAGUUAAAGGAUGUUUUGGGUAAGAUGGGUGCUACUGGUGAUGAAAAGGUCCCAGUAUUGCGUGAGAAAGAUUAUAAUGGAGUUAAAGUUCUCUCCUCCACAAAGGACGACUAUUUGAAGGAGGGAAUUUCACAGGCCUCUUGUGUGCUAUUGGUGAGGGAAUUGGAAAAGGUUCUCAAUCCAACUAUUAACAAUUCAGUUUCUACACAACCUGCAUUGGAAACAUCGGCAGAAACUAAAAAGUUAUUAGAAAAAGGAAUGAAAUGUAUGGAAAAUAAUGAUCUCCAAGGAUGUUUUAAUGCCUUCUUUGAUGCCUCACAGAAUUUGGAUGAUCCAACCAUAAUUACUGAAUAUUUUGACAAGCUAUAUAAGGCAGGAUUCACAGAUGAAAAAUCGUAUGCACUCCUCAUGGAGUAUUUUCUGAUUCAGGCUGAAACUGGGGAUGCAUUCUCAUCUAAUAUGAUUGGACAACUUCAUUGUGGAUAUUGUGGACAUGCAAAGGAAAGUAAAAAGGCCUUAUUAUGGUUUGAAAAGGCAGCUAAACAAGGAGAAGUUUCUGCUCAAUUCAAUUUAGCUAAAUUAUAUUUGGAUGGAGAUGGUGAGCAUGUACCAAUCGAUUAUUCAAAUGCUCUGAAAUGGUUCAGAAGAGCAGGUUUAGAAAAUUCACAUCCAGACUCACUUUACUACCUCUGCACAAUGUAUGAAAAAGGUUUAGGUGUGAGUGCAGAUUUGAAUUUAGCAGAGGAAUAUUUUGAAAGAGCUAAAGCUUUGGGUUCAAUACUUACUCAAUAA